ACCACACACACACAAACAAACACCAUCGUCAUUCUGCUCGAAAUUCCUAAUAUUAACGAGUAAAUAGAAAAAGUCAAAGAACCAAGGGGUAUGACAUCGAAAUGGCUGGAUUUUUGAGAACAAGAAAACGCAGCCGUGAAGAUGAUCUGCCAUGUGAUUCAACGCCAUUGUCAAAGCGCAUUAAUAAUUUGCAUUUGAAUUUCGAUGAUGGUAACAGUAGCAGCAACAGCAGCAAUUGCAGUUUACCCAAUUUAAUCAAUGAUAACAACAACUAUUUAAUACCCACAAUCACUGCCGCAGGAAAUGGAAAUGGAAGUGGAUCAGCCGAAAUCAUAGGCGGAGUAUAUGAGUAUAAUCCCGAAUUGAAUGCUGAUCAAAAUCCAUAUUACUAUGAAAAAAACAAAAUGCUAUAUGACUUGCAUGUUGAACGUGUCAAGCGAAACAAUCAUUGAUUUUUUAUAAGACCAAUUUGUGCUCUUUUGGAUUUUCUGUAUGUACGUUUUAAUGCUAUGAUCGUGCGUGAUACAUAGAUUUAACAUAAAUUAUAAAAAAAAACACAAAAUCUCAUUAAAAAAAAAAAGCAAAGUACCAUACACUAAAUCAAAAGAA